ACCUGCGCAGGUAACAGAGAGUGACACGGAUUAGCGGUGAGCACGGUGCGGUCUGCCAAUGGCUGGAGCUGUGAACCCCGACUCGGUGUCCACGGGGGCCCGGGCAAUGUUUUUCAUGAUCACACCGAAUGAAUCAUCUUUCCAGAAAGUGGAGGAUGUGCCUCAAUAUGUACAACAGGCUACUCCUUUCUUUGUAGGGCUGAUGGUGCUGGAGCUGGUGGUGGGUUUUCUGAAGACAGGAGCCCCAGUGGUCACCCUCAGUGAUGGACUCACCUCUGUAUCUGCUGGAAUGAUCUCCAGAAUCCCACUGUUGUUCAUGAGAGGCUGUGAGCUGACUGCUUACAUGUUCGUGUGGGACCGGUACCGCCUGUUGGAGCUGCCCUGGGACUCGGCCUGGACCUGGUGGAUCGCCUUUCUUGGCGUGGACUUCUGCUACUACUGGGUGCACCGCCUCGCUCACGAGGUGUCCUUCAUUUGGGCUGCUCACCAGGUUCACCACAGUUCAGAGUACUACAACCUAACCACCGCCCUCAGACAGUCCCUCACCCAGCAGUUCACGUCAUGGAUUUUCUACCUGCCCAUGGCUCUGUUUGCACCCCCCACGGUCUUCGCCGUCCACAUACAGUUAAACCUUCUCUACCAGUUCUGGAUCCACACUGAGUUGAUCAAAAACCUUGGACCUCUAGAGUGGGUUUUCAACACACCAACACAUCAUAAAGUUCAUCAUGGGAGGAACAGCUACUGCAUUGACAAGAAUUACGGAGGAAUUCUCAUCAUAUGGGACCGAUUAUUUGGUACCUUUGCUGCAGAGAAAGACAAAGUGGUGUUUGGCCUGGUGUCCCCUAUCAACACCUUUGAGAUCCUCUAUGUUCAGUUACACUACUAUUUGUAUUUGGGGAGAAGAUCUACCACUUUCAAGACUAUCAGCGACAAAUGUUUGACAUUCAUCAACGGCCCGAGUUGGAAACCUGGUAAACCUCGGCUUGGUGACCAUCUCGACAAUCCCAAGUUGACCGGACAGGAAGUGCCUCAUGAUCCCAGCUGGUCGCUGCCUUUACAAAUGUAUGUGAUCAUACAUUUCCUGCUGGCACUGGGGACCUACCAAGAUGUGUUUGACAACAAGAUGACGCUGUCACAGUUUAACAUGCUGGGGAUGACCGGCUACGUUCUGCUCACCCUCACUUCCAUGGGCUUCCUUAUCGAUCAGAGGCCAAGAGCGGCUGUCCUGGAGAUGCUACGCUGCGUCCUCAUGGUGACAAUGCAGAGGUACGGCUAUAUGAAGCCCCUGCUGCCUACACUGGCUGUGACCACACAGGUAAGACCACGUGUAGUGUGUUAUAAUUCAUUUUAAAGUAGCAGUGUUAUAAGGCUGUAUACUUCCUCCACUGACAAAUAUACCAAAUAGCUUGCAUUUAGAAGACUUUUGUGUUAUACUUAGCAUAGUGGACACAA